ACCAAAAACAACAGUCAACGCAACGAUGUUAUUUACAUAACCUCAAAUAUAACCCACGGAUAUAACCUGAAAUAAAUAAUCUGGUGCGAUUAGAUUGAUCUAUUUUCAUGCGAUUUACAAAUUUGUUCCUUGAACAUCAAUAUGUGUAAUAAUACAAUUCAAGUUGGUGAAUACAUCGUUAUACAAAAACAGAAUUACAAAAAAUUACAUAAAUUCAAUAAGGCGAACUCUACGGUAAGCGUUGGGAAAGAUACGUUAAAUUUAACAGGAAUUGUGGGUUGCAAGUUCUUUUCUACUUUUAGAAUGAUAUGCAGAGGCACAAAGAGACGUAAGGAAUUUGAUUUAGAAUUAACAGAAGAAGCUGCUAACCUAAUAGAAGAGAUAGGAUUAAAAGCAUCAGGAGCAUCGAUGUCAGGAGCCGAUAACAGGAACAUUUAUGACGAUGGUCAAUCACAAAAAUUGUCAGCCACAGAAAUUAGCGAUUUAAAGAGCGAUUCCACGAGAGCAUCUGAUAUUGUUGAGACUUUAAUAACUAAUUCAAAUACAUUUCACAAUAAAACUGAAUUCUCACAAGAAAAAUAUUUGAAGAAAAAGGAGAAAAAAUAUUUUGAAUAUAUUCAAAUAUUAAGACCAAACUUGAGAAUUAUCACUGAAAUACUAUACAAGUUGGACCCAAGUAAGGUACAAGGUAUUCGCAUAGACACUUUGUCCCAAAUAAUAACAUUAUCAAACAUCAGUAGUGAAGGAAAUCAUUUGCUUUAUGAUUCAGGUUCAAAUGGUUUACUUGCAGCUGCAUUGUUGAGUACAAUGGGAUCAGAGGCUACAGGAAAAUUAAUUCAGAUGCACCCAGGAAAUAUGUCACAGAAACAGGCCCUAUUAGCUAUGAAUUUUGAUCCUGAUCAUCUUAAGAAAUGUCUAUCUGUAAAUGUGUAUUCAGUCUUGAGGCAAGUAUACCAAGGUUGUGAUACCCAUACUCAACAAGAAUGUGAAGCAGUAUUGGAAAGUGAAUCAAACCUAAAGAGGAAAGCUUCUGAAUGCAUUAAACAUUUAAGUAAAAUACCUAAGAUUGAUGAAUCCCAAAUCAUUGAUUGCGAAAUUAAAGAUGGAGACCAUGGUGCGAAUGAAAUGUUGGUACCUAAGAUUGAUGAAUCCCAGAUCAUUGGUUCUGAAAUUAAAGAUGGAGAUACUGAUGCAAGUGACAUGUUUAGGAAAAAGCCUAAAUGGCACUUUGAUAAUAUAGCUGCAUCUGAGAUCUUGACAAAUAAAGUAGAUUCUUUAGUUAUAGUAAGUAAGGAAGAUCCUCAAAAUAUAUUUCUGGAGCUUGUACCAUUUGUUAAGCCAGGAAGACCAUUUGUUAUUUAUUACAGUGUAGCUGAACCAUUGCAAAGCUUAUAUAUGACACUGAAGUCUAUGAGCAACAUGGCUGCUUUAAGAUUGACUUGUAAUUGGCUGAGAAACUAUCAGAUCUUGCCUGAAAGAACACAUCCAGAAGUAAUGAUGAAUGGAUCCAGUGGAUUUCUUCUCACAGGAUAUGUUCUUAAAUAAUUUAUAAAAUAAAUAUCUCAAAUAGAACAAGCUCUCUUUAUUAAAAUGGCAUACAAAUAUCAAAAACUUGCCUCUUAGUGCAAUAACACAGUUUUUAGAUCUUUAGCUAACUCUCCUCUAAUCUAAGCAAAAAUAACUUCCAAAACAUAUCUAUGCAGUUUAACAAUUUGAUAUUUUGAUUACAAUUUAUUUCCAAAUCACAUUAUUUAUACACCUAUGAUAUUAUAAUAGAAUAAUUAUUUAAUGUUUUGUUUGAAAUUAAUUUGCCUACAAAUUAAGCAAUAAAAAAAAAUUGUGGCAGGAGUCAUAUUAUUAUUUUUACAAUUAAAUAAGUAUAUGAAAAGAAAUAAAUUUAAACAAAACAUUUUUAUAAUAAAUAAUUUAUUAUGUAAGCAAAUAAAUCUUUAAAUAGUUUCAUUAUAAUACAGGAUAAAACAAGACAAAGUUUCAAUCUAAUAAGAAAAGCUUUUUGGGCACAUAUCAAAUUCAUAGGGCAUAGGAUAUAUUACUAUUUAAGAAAUUAAAGGAAUGUGUAUCAGUCUAAUAAUGUUAAUCUUUACAUGCAUUAUGGUGACAGGUGUAUGAAUAUUUAAUUAAAAGGAACUACAAAAAGGCACUAUUAACAUAAAACUCUUAGUACAUUUAAGAUUAUUAAGUUAAAAGUUUGGUUGAAAGUAAAUUUUGAUAAAAUUGGAUUAAAUCAUUAUUAAUUUGGCACUAAGAUAAAGUUCACUGCACUUUUUAAAACUACCAAACUUUUUUCAUCCAAAUUGAAGUC